UUCUCCGGAGGCAGGGAGACGGGGUGGAGACUGCGAAGACUGCAGUUGCAGUUGCUUCGUGUACUGUUGGUGACAGUUGUGGGAAAGACCACGUGAUCAGAGUUCCUGCGGGUUUUAGUCCAAGGAAAAGUUGGUGUCUGCCGAUGAAUUUCUAAGAACAUAUGGAAUUGGCUAUGGAUAAUUCAUAUGAUUUCAAUCAACGAAGCUCAUGUAAUGGAAUUCCAUCUGAAAACAACAACUUCCUUGUGUCAGAAGACCAUGGACAGAAAAUCCUAAGUGUACUACAGAAUUUUAGAGAACAAAAUAUCUUUUAUGAUUUCAAAAUAAUUAUGAAAGAUGAAAUAAUCCCAUGUCAUCGUUGUGUGUUAGCAGCAUGCAGUGACUUUUUCAGGGCUAUGUUUGAAGUAAACAUGAAAGAAAGAGAUGAUGGAAGUGUUACCAUUACUAAUUUAUCCUCCAAAGCAAUAAAAGCAUUUCUUGAUUAUGCCUAUACUGGAAAAACAAAAAUAACAGAUGAUAAUGUGGAAAUGUUCUUCCAGUUGUCAUCAUUUCUUCAAGUUUCCUUUCUAUCCAAAGCUUGCAGUGACUUUUUAAUAAAAAGUAUUAAUCUUGUCAAUUGUUUACAGUUAUUAUCUAUAUCAGAUAGCUAUGGCUCUACCCGUUUGUUUGAUCAUGCAUUAUACUUUGUACAACAUCACUUUUCUCUAUUAUUUAAAUCCAGUGAUUUCUUAGAGAUGAAUUUUGGAGUAUUACAAAAAUGUCUGGAAUCAGAUGAAUUAAACGUUCCUGAAGAAGAAACAGUACUGAAGGUCGUCCUUAGUUGGACCAAAUAUAACUUAGAAUCAAGACAAAAGUAUCUGCCUCAUUUGAUUAAAAAAGUAAGAUUACAUCAGUUGUCUGAGGAGACACUUCAAGACUAUCUGCUCAAUGAAGAGUGUUUACUCAAAAACACAAACUGUUUUGACAUAAUCAUGGAUGCAAUUAAAUGUGUGCAAGGUUCUGGUGGACUCUUCCCUGAUGCUCGGCCCUCCACAACUGAAAAAUACAUUUUCAUUCAUAAAACUGAGGAAAAUGGAGAAAAUCAAUAUACGUUUUGCUAUAAUAUUAAAACUGACUCGUGGAAAAUACUGCCACAAUCACACCUGAUUGAUCUGCCAGGAUCUAGUCUGUCUAGCUAUGGAGAAAAAAUAUUCUUAACAGGUGGCUGCAAAGGGAAGUGUUGUAGAACAGUUCGACUUCAUAUUGCUGAGCCAUAUCAUGAUGCCACUGACCAAACUUGGUGCUACUGUCCAGUCAAAAAUGAUUUCUUCUUGGUAUCAACUAUGAAAACACCAAGAACCAUGCAUACGUCAGUUAUGGCUCUUAAUAGAUUAUUUGUCAUAGGUGGAAAGACUAAAGGAUCUCAAGACAUUAAAAGUCUCUUGGAUGUUGAAUCUUAUAAUCCUCUUUCCAAAGAAUGGAUAUCAGUUAGCCCAUUACCCAGAGGCAUAUACUAUCCAGAAGCCAGUGCAUGCCAAAAUGUAAUUUAUGUUCUUGGAUCAGAGGUAGAGAUUACAGAUGCCUUCAACCCAUCACUUGAUUGCUUUUUUAAAUAUGAUGCUGCAACUGAUCAGUGGUCUGAACUAGUAGCAGAGUUUGGACAAUUUUUUCAUGCAACACUAAUUAAAGCUGUCCCAGUAAACUGCACAUUGUAUAUAUGUGACCUUUCCACCUAUAAGGUUUACAGUUUUUGUCCAGAUACUUGUGUUUGGAAGGGUGAAGGAUCUUUUGAAUGUGCAGGCUUUAAUGCAGGUGCAAUUGGAAUUGAAGACAAAAUUUAUAUAUUAGGAGGUGAUUACGCACCAGAUGAAAUCACAGAUGAAGUGCAGGUCUACCACAGCAGCAGGUCUGAGUGGGAAGAAGUGUCACCAAUGCCUAGAGCCUUAACUGAAUUUUAUUGCCAGGUGAUUCAGUUUAAUAAGUACAGGGACCCAUGGUUUUCUAAUCAUUUCUAAAAAUGCGUGUGCCUGGACAUUCUAAAACUAUUCUAGUUCUAGUAAUCUAGAGUGAAUUUGUUAACCAUAAAGACUGAUAAAAAAGGUCUCUACAUAUUAAUAACAUGUUCCUGCUAUUAGAAAAUUACUAUGUAUCACACAUAUAUGCAUCAUGAAUAAACAGUUCCCAGAAACUUAAAAUACAAAAUACAUUUUACCAAAAAGUAUAUUGAAUAUAAUUUAACUUUGGAGAAUCCAGACUACUUAAUAUUUUCAUAUGUAAAUAAUAUUCACAAGCUUUGAUGCUUUGAUUGUUAAAAGUACUUUAUGAAUGAAAGACUAGUAAAAGCAAAUCAAAGUUCACAGAUUUAUAAUAUUUAGAUGGAAGAAAUUUCUGGAGGUAAUUAAAAUGGAUUAUUUAUACCAUAUAUUGUAUGAGGUGAAAAAUAGAAAAGGUAAGGCUCCUACUUCUGUAAGAAUUUGUGUUGAAUUUCUAUCCUUUCUGAACAUUUAGUUAACUUGAUUAAAUCACUUUCUUUGACCUUUACUUAUGGUCAGAAAUUUUUCUAAAAUACAUUUUACCAUCCUUCUAAAUAGCACACUAAGAGUAGUUUACCUUUUAUUGUGACUCAGUUCAUCAUUAAGAGGAUAAUGUAUGUGUUAUAAUACCAUCGGUAGUUAUUUAAAUGCUUUUAAAAUUGCUGAUUCUAUAGGUGUUCACCAUCAGUUUGUUUCUAUUUUAGCAGUUGCAGCAUCAUAUCUUAUUUUCUGGCUCCAGCUUAGUAAAUUAACAUUCUUGAUUGCAUUAUUAGUUCUAAGCUACUACUUGUCCUGAGUUUAACUUAACAUGUAACUCAUUGAAUGAAGCAGUUAGAUUAUGGGAUGUUGGUCCUAAAAUAAUUUUUCUGUACCAUUUCUGGGUUCCCACAUAAUUGAGGAAGCAAAAACUUUGGCCUCUAGAUUAUUGCAUUUCUUUGUUCAACUUUGAGCUAAAAUAAGAAAUUUCAGGAUUUAAGUUAGUACCUUAUCAAUCGUCUAUGAUGAUAUAUGCCAACUGUAAAGCUCUAUGUUGGUUUAUUACUUCAGUAAAUUAUUCUCUUGAUUUUUAAAAAAAUGACUACGCUUUUGGUACUGAUAGGAGCAUUCACAACCUGCAUUAGUUUAAUAUUAAAUCAUCUUCAAUGCAAACAGUAUUAUUCAUUCUUGUUCUCAGCUAGAAGGUUAUGCCUUGCGAGAAGAUAUUUUUGUGUAUCAGUUAUUAAUCUGUUAUAAAUCGACAGAGUAUGUUUCUAAAUGGAAGUAUACUUAAAGAGGGCUCUUUUACCAUAUAAAUAUGUCAUCAGGUUUUAAAUAUAUUUUUCAAAAUAUAAGAGAAUAAGAGAGUACAUUUUCAUGUAGUUCUAAAAGCAGGACUAUCACUAAUCAGAUGACAGUUGUGUAAAAUAAAAUUCUAUAGAAUUGGUGGCCUUCCUAUCUAAGCAAUUAGUUUGCUCUUGUCUUUUCUCUAUGUAUGUGUGUUUAAGGAAAAGUAAAAUUUGGUCCAGCAGGUUGUGUAGUGGUUAAGGCA